AUGUCGGGGUCACCAGAUUCACCCACAACCCAUUUUGCCGAGGCAGUCAAAGCAUUUCUUAAUGAGGCUGACGCCAUUUCAAUGGAAGAAUUCUACCGACGGCUGCAGCCCUAUCGGAUUAUGACGUGCGAAGUUACUGUCGGGGGCAGUAAAAUAUCCAGCCCAAUUCUAACGCUGGAAAAUGAACAGUCGGACCAUCGUGACACAGGAGCGUUUGACCAAGAGGAUUGUUAUAUGUUAGCAACAUCACUGGGUAGCAAUAAUGGUCUUGGCUCGGUGGUUAGUCCUCCCCGUGGCGCAUCCGCGCAGAUGCAUGCCAUCUCGGAACUUGCCGGUUCCUAUCGCCUAGAAGACAUUAGCGUUGGACAACCUGGAACUCAAACAUACAUGCCUGACGAGCUCGUUAUUGAUGAUGAACAGACCGGAUACGAAGUCCUAGAUCUUGGAUUAUGGGACAGCGGGUUGGCGUUGGGGGCCUGUGCCUCUGCCUUGCCGGCAGACCUACCUUCGCCUCCACAUCUUCUGCGACUACCAGCCGAGUGCGCAGCCCCUUCGACAGUGAGGACAGAUCACAUAGCAAAUAACUCUAUCCAGGAAUCACACAAAAAUGGCAUGUCUUCUAUUGCCCUCCCCCCCACCACCCGUGAAAGAAUCUCUAAGCAGCAGACCACAAAGCCGCCGGUAGUCCCACCGAUGCGAUUUACCAACUAUAUCCGAGAUGAUUCCUUCUGUUUCAUCCAGGAAAAUCUCCCGUACUGGAAGGUAAACGGGUUAUGGGACAGAUCAGCGCUGUCAGAUCCAAACUGGGGUAGUUCGGGAUACGAAAGCCUAGAAAAUAUCUAUUCCUGCAUGUGUGAGCUGGACUUGCGUAUCGGUCACGAUCAAAUACGAAAGCGGGCUGCCUUGAAAAAGCCUCAAUGGUCUAAAGAAUCAAUUGGAGUUGGGCGAGGGGAUGCAAGCGCGAUGAUCGACAACAUUCUCCGUCGCAUGCACCCCGACUGGAAUUUGUAUGACGCUCUACGACGAUCUAAACUCCGAGCCAAGUUCCACAACGAAAAGCGAUAUGGCAAGCGAUGGGCAGUUUUGGUGGCUAUUCUAGGCCCCAGUAUAUUGUUCCUCUGUACAUCGCAGCUUUCCAGGACCGUGUAUGUUGUCACUUCUCUGAACAUAGCAAUCGCCCAAUUUUCUCACCGACACUAUAACCAGGAAAGAUACCACAAUAACUCUAACCACUCUCGAGCAAAUCGCGGCCAAUCGUAUCUCGACUCUUCCGUGUGCGAUGAUUCUGCUUCAAUUGAUGAACCCAAUCACCCAUUCACUUCUGUAUAA